GUGUUUUAUUCGCUUUUCCUACUGCAACACUGUCUGUCUAGUGGUGCUGGGUUUUCGUGAGCCCAGUGAGCGUCAGGAACUAAAUACUGGUGUACAGUAUGUGUGUGUGUGUGUGUGUGUGUGUGUGUGUGUGUGUGUGUGUGUGUGUGUGUGUGUGUGUGUGUGUGUGUGUGUGUGUGUGUGUGAGUGGGGGGUUUUCCCGUAAACCUCAGAGCCUUCACAAAUCAAAACCAACAAUUUACAGGAAACUUACACAAGGAGGGGAUCACGGUUCUGUGAUGAAAAAGCACAAAUGGUGCAGAGUCUUCAGGCACCAGAAGCAGGAGGAGCACAAGCACAUCAAGGAUGCCCAUAAAUCCCACUCGUUCUUUUGUCACAGAUCCCUCACAUGUUAAACUCAACUACAAAGCAGCUGCUUCACAAACGCGGGGGAACCACGCAGCAAAGCCAGGUCUGCUGAGAAGUCAUCAACGUCUCUCCAGCACAUAAACAUGACCUGGAGGAGCCGCCUCCACAGUCAUCAGCAUGGUGGAGGAUUCAGGACAGCACCAUCUCCUGGAUGAAGUACUGUAUAUAUAGAAUGCUUUUACAUUUUCAUACAUGAGGGGAUUCCUUUACAUUCAGAGGGUCAGAGUGAGUCACCAGCGCUUAUAUAAUGGACCUCACGGGUCAAUUUGGCCUUUUAGCUGCAUCACGCUGAAAGCUGCAUUUCCCCGUGAGGCCCCAUCAUUCUUUCUUACCAAGUUCACGGGCCGACGUGCCGGCGCUCCGGUGACUGCACAGCUGCGCUGGCGUAAACAUCUGUCCGUCCCCCGCCGGUAAAUCAGUCUCACCCUCGUUCCCCCAAUUGAGGCGCGCACCCUCACAUGUCAAAUGAGAUCAACAUCAUAAAAAAACGAAACAGCAAAUCGCUCAAACUGCUUGAACGUAUUUAGAUGACGCAUUGACGUGUGUUUAGAUUUUCUCUUCUUCCAGUGAUGAAAUGUGUAUUUUUUCAGGAGAGGCCCAACAGGAAGCGCAUCCUGCUUUACUGUCAGUGGGGCUCAUCUUUGUUCGUCUGUCAUUAUGAAUAAAUCACAACACAGUUGGAAGAGAAAGUAACUCAGUGAUAUUAGACAUAGCCAGCGCUCAUUGUACGUAAACACCCUGAAAUAAGAGUUUGCCUUGAAAUCAUAACAUCUGACGACGUGGGCGUUUAAAACUCCCACUUUACGAGCAGCUCCUGCCGUAAACAAUGCGGAAGAAGCCCAUACAUAGUGAGGGCACAGGUCUUCUUCUCCUCAGCACUUCAAUUAUGAUGAAAUGUGUGACUCAUACAUUACCCCAUGCAGGAGGACGUCCCUCUCCUAACCCCCUAUAAAGGCCACCAAACAUGCUCCUGUUUAGAAGCUGAUCGCAAAGAUCCAUCUUGAACAUUUUUAUUUAAUUAUUUAUUUUUUUUUAAACCCUUUAUUUAUUCUUUAUUUUCUCAUCUCUGAAGAACUUUGUGAUUAUUUUCCCCAAUGUUUUUACGCACUAAAUCCCUCUUCCUCUGCCUGGCGUCUGUUCUCUGGAUCAUUCCUCUCUCGCUGUCGUUUUAUCUCCCCGACGCGAAUCCACUUUUAUCCUUUAACAGUCAAGUCAGGGAACGGCACCUCUACACAGACAACCACAGAAGAGGGAUGUACCUGCAGAUGACCCUGGAUGGCAGAGUGUCAGGAAGUGAUGCUCAGACCUCUUACAGCGUGCUGGAGCUCAAAUCAGUCAAACCAGGACACGUGGUCAUCGUGGGGAAGUCGUCGUCUCUGUUCCUCUGCGUGGACGACGCCGGCCGUCUGAGGGGACAGGGGCUCUACGCUGAGGCCGACUGCACCUUCAGAGAACUGCUGCUGGCAGACGGAUACACCCGCUUCCUCUCCUCCCACCACGGGUUUCCUGUGUCUCUGGCAUCCAGACAGUCCCCGGAUCGACCCGCGGUGCCCUUCACUCGAUUCCUGCCCAUUAGGAAUACGCUGAUGGAGGAGGACGACUCGGAGCGAGCAGCAGGCAGUCAGAAGCAUUUCAACAUGGACUCUGAUGACCUUCUUGGAAUGGGCUUAGACUCCAUGGUCAGUCCACAGUUUUCAGUGGACCAAUAAAGAAGAAUUGCACAGAUCCUGUAUCAUCAAGGAGAAACCUGGUCUUUUUGGUUGUUAUCACAAUAUUAUGUUAUUUAUCUAAUUUAUUUAUUGUGUGAUGUUUGUCUAAUAAUUAUUUAUUGCUAUUUGAUAAUGAAUUAAUGUCUGAGUCAGGACUGUUGCCCCAUCGUGUUCAUUUUAUUAUUUGAGGCUUCUGGGUUUUUUUUUUAUUUUAUAAAUUGUCUGUUUCUGGAAAGUCCAACAAGUUUGUGUUUGUGCUACUGAACUGGGUUUUUCAGAUAAAAAAUAAACAGGAUAUCAAGGUCAACCGAGUUUGUUUAAGUCCAUCACACACACGACACGAGUAAUCUGAUGUAACAGACAGAGCAGGAAGGACUUUGCCAAACGAGAAGCUCCCACGUUGGGGUUUGUGGAGAGCGGGAGCGCCCCCUAGCGGCCAACGAUGAGUAAGCAACGAUGGAAAGUAGGUCAAGCUACCUGCAGUAUUAUGUCCUGUACGAGGUGAGCUUGAAACUGAACCCCUGGUUUGAUUGCUGGAAAAAUUAUUUACAGAAUGCUUUAUGCAUUUAAUCACUGGCAGGAAAAUGAUGUAAUUACUUACUGUAAUUAUUGGCAAUUUCCUGCUUAGUGGCCUCUUUAUUGUUACAGUAAAGCCAUAAAAGCUUAUCUUUUAAGUCACAGACAUGCAGGGUUGCUGGAAUAAGCUGAGGCCAUUGUGAAAUAAAGGA